AACAUAAAAUCCACUCCUUUCUUUUCACUUUCGGCGUAAAGGAAACACAACAAAACAUUCUCAUUUCUCUUCUCCGCAUAAAUAAACAGCCACUAACACACACAUCAUCAGAUCUGUUAUAGAUAGAGUUGAGAGCUUGGGCUUGGGCUUUGAGGUCAUGGAGGAGAAGCUGAUAGCACGGCUGGAAGCGGCGGUGGCCAGGGUAGAGGGCUUGUCGCUGUCGUCACGUGGUGGUGUUGAGAUUGGUGGUGGCGAUGGCGGUGCUGACGUGGCGGUGGAUCCAUCGAUUGUGGCGUUUGAUGAUAUGAUGCGACAGUAUUUCGGUAGGGUUUCAACUGCUGCCGAGAAAAUCGGAGGUCAGGUUCUUGAUGCCACAAAGAUUCUUGAAGAAGCUUUUACUGUGCAGAAGGAGCUUCUUAUGAAGAUUAAACAAACUCAGAAACCUGACCUUGCGGGAUUGGCUGAAUUUCUUAAACCAUUGAACGAAGUGGUUAUGAAAGCAAAUAAAAUGACAGAAGGGAGGCGGUCUGAUUUCUUUAAUCACAUAAAGACUGCUGCUGAUAGUCUCUCAGCUUUAGCAUGGAUUGCUUAUACAGGCAAAGACUGUGGUAUGAGCAUGCCUAUUGCUCAUGUGGAAGAAAGUUGGCAAAUGGCUGAAUUUUACAACAACAAGAUUCUUGUAGAGUACAAAACUAAAGACCCAAAUCAUGUUGAGUGGGCCAAAGCUGUGAAGGAGUUGUAUUUGCCUGGUUUGAGGGAAUAUGUUAAGAGUCAAUAUCCUUUGGGCCCAGUGUGGAGUGCUACAGGCAAAACAGUGGCUUCUGCUCCACCAAAAGCUCCAACAAGGGCUCCACCACCUGGUGCCCCUGCUCCUCCUCCUCCUCCACCGGCCUCUCUCUUCAGUUCUGAGUCUUCUCAGGCAUCUUCAUCACGCCCCAAAGAAGGGAUGGCUGCUGUUUUUCAAGAAAUUAGUUCAAAGCCUGUCACUGCAGGCCUGAAAAAGGUCACUGAUGAUAUGAAGACCAAAAAUCGUGGAGAUAGAACUGGUGUUGUUGCUGCUGGUGAAAAAGAAGUUCGCACUUCUUCACCUUCGUUCUCUAAAGUAGGACCUCCCAAACUAGAGCUUCAAAUGGGUCGUAAGUGGGUUGUUGAAAAUCAAAUUGGGAGAAAGAACUUAGUAAUUGAUGACUGUGAUGCAAAACAGUCUGUGUACGUUUUUGGAUGCAAAGACUCUGUUUUGCAGAUUCAAGGAAAAGUCAACAAUAUUACAAUUGACAAAUGCACCAAGAUGGGAGUUGUAUUUACUGAUGUUGUAGCUGCUUGUGAGAUUGUAAAUUGCAAUGGUGUUGAGGUGCAAUGUCAGGGUUCAGCUCCAACAAUUUCAGUGGACAACACGUCAGGUUGCCAGAUAUAUUUAAACAAAGAUUCUUUGCGGACAUCUAUAACAACAGCCAAGUCAAGUGAAAUCAAUGUUAUGAUUCCUGGUGCUAAGCCUGAAGAUGAUUGGGUAAGUUUCUGCCUUGCUGUUAAAAUAUAAUCUUAACAAUCAUCC